UGACCCUGACCCUAACCCUGACCCUGACCCUAACCCUGACCCUGACCCUAACCCUGACCACCUCCACCAUCCAGGGCCUCACUACCAUACACGCCUACAACAAGAGAGAGCAGUACAUCCAGGAGUAAGACCCUAACCCUGACCCUGACCCUGACCCUAACCCUGACCACCUCCACCAUCCAGGGCCUCACUACCAUCCACGCCUACAACAAGAGAGAGCAGUACAUCCAGGAGUAAGACCCUAACCCUGACCCUGACCCUGACCCUAACCCUGACCACCUCCACCAUCCAGGGCCUCACUACCAUCCACGCCUACAACAAGAGAGAGCAGUACAUCCAGGAGUAAGACCCUAACCCUGACCCUGACCCUAACCCUGACCCUGACCCUAACCCUGACCACCUCCACCAUCCAGGGCCUCACUACCAUCCACGCCUACAACAAGAGAGAGCAGUACAUCCAGGAGUAAGACCCUAACCCUGACCCUGACCCUAACCCUGACCCUGACCCUAACCCUGACCCUAACCCUAACCCUGACCCUGACCCUAACCCUGACCCUAACCCUGAUCCUGACCCAAACCCUGACCCUAACCCUGACCCUAACCCUGAUCCUGACCCUAACCCUGACCCUAACCCUGACCACCUCCACCAUCCAGGGCCUCACUACCAUCCACGCCUACAACAAGAGAGAGCAGUACAUCCAGGAAUUUAAGGAGAUGAGCGACAACAACUCCAACCACUUCCUGUUGUUUAACUGUGGGACACGCUGGCUGUCCUUCUGGCUGGACUUCCUGUCUGCCUCAGUCACUCUGAUGGUGGCUCUGUUCGUGGUGCUCAGUUCUCCUGAUACCAUCAGCCCUGCUAUGAAGGGCCUGGCGCUGUCAUACACCAUACAGUUGACAGGUAUGCUCCAGUACGUGGUGAGACUGUCUACAGAGCUGGAAGCCAAGUUCCUGUCAGUGGAGAGACUACAGGAGUACAUCGAGGGUUGCGUGUCUGAGGCGCCCAGGAGAGUUAAAGACGCCCUCAUCCCAGAAGGUUGGCCUCAUAAAGGGGCCAUCUCCUUUAAGGACUACACGAUGAGGUACAGAGCGAACACCCCCAUCGUGCUCGAUGGACUGCAGCUCAACAUCCAGCCCAGGGAGAAGCUGGGCAUCGUGGGGAGGACGGGCUCCGGGAAGUCUUCUUUAGGAGUCGCCCUCUUCCGCCUGGUGGAACCAGCUGCAGGGACGAUCUUCAUAGAUGGGGUGGACACCAGCGCUAUAGGCCUGGAGGACCUCCGCAGUAAACUAUCAGUCAUCCCCCAGGACCCCGUCCUAUUCAUCGGUACUGUCAGGUAUAAUAUGGAUCCUUUCAACAACUAUAGUGAUGAGGACAUCUGGUCGGCUCUGGAGAAGACCUACAUGAAACACACAAUCUCCAGUCUCCCUGAGAAGCUGCAGUCUGAGGUGGUGGAGAACGGCGAGAACUUCUCUGUGGGAGAGAGACAGCUGAUGUGUAUGGCCAGAGCCCUGCUACGGAACUCCAAGAUCAUCUUGUUGGACGAGGCGACAGCGUCGAUCGACUCAGAGACAGACUCUCUGAUCCAGCACACCAUUAGAGACGCGUUCCAGGACUGUACCAUGCUUACUAUUGCUCACCGUAUUAACACCGUCCUGGAGUCAGAUCGUAUUCUGGUCAUGGACGCCGGAAAGGCGGUUGAGUUUGACAGUCCAGAGGUCCUGAUGCAGAGACCAGAUUCUCAGUUUGCAGCUCUCCUGGCUGCAGCCAACACUGUCAACACAUGAGCCUGGCCACAUCUCCAUGAGCCUGGACACACCUCCAUCUACAUUCUGGACACACCUCCAUAUGCAGUCUGGACACACCCCCAUCUGAAGUCUGGACACACCUCCAUAUGCAGUCUGGACACACCCCCAUAUGCAGUCUGGACACACCUCCAUAUGCAGUCUGGACACACCUCCAUAUGCAAUCUGGACACACCUCCAUCUACAGUCUCCGCCCACCACCUGUCCUUAAUUGUGGGACCACCCCACCCCUCAAUGCUUUCUCUGUUUUCCAUGGACACACAUGAAUGUGCCUGCACGCUUAUCCACACAAACACACACACACACACACACACACACACACACACACACACUCACACUCACACUCACACUCACACUCACACUCACACUCACACACACACACACUUAUGAAGUGACUACACACAGGGAAUGGUCUGUCCUGAAGCCUAGGGCAUUACCGUCAUGGUAGCAUUGACUAAGGAGGCUGUAUCAGGCAGUAACACCUUUAUGAAGUGACAAAACAACAGUAACACCAUUAUGAAGUGACUAAACAGCAGUAACACCAUUAUGAAGUGACUAAACAGCAGUAACACCAUUAUGAAGUGACAAAACAGCAGUAACACCAUUAUGAAGUGACUAAACAGCAGUAACACCAUUAUGAAGUAACAAAACAGCAGUAACACCAUUAUGAAGUGACUAAACAUCAGUAACACCAUUAUGAAGUGAGUAAACAUCAGUAACACCAUUAUGAAGUGACUAAACAGCAGUAACACCAUUAUGAAGUGACUAAACAGCAGUAACACCAUUAUGAAGUAACUAAACAUCAGUAACACCAUUAUGAAGUGACUAAACAGCAGUAACACCAUUAUGAAGUGACUAAACAGCAGUAACACCAUUAUGAAGUGACUAAACAGCAGUAACACCAUUAUGAAGUAACAAAACAGCAGUAACACCAUUAUGAAGUGACAAAACAACAGUAACACCAUUAUGAAGUGACAAAACAGCAGUAACACCAUUAUGAAGUGACAAAACAGCAGUAACACAAUUAUGAAGUGACAAAACAGCAGUAACACCAUUAUGAAGUGACAAAACAGCAGUAACACCAUUAUGAAGUGACUAAACAGCAGUAACACCAUUAUGAAGUGACAAAACAGCAGUAACACCAUUAUGAAGUGACUAAACAGCAGUAACACCAUUAUGAAACGACUAAACAGCAGUAACACCAUUAUAUAAUUCACAGCACGUUGUAUUUUAUAUGAUUCACAACACUUUGUAUUUUAUAUGAUUCACAACACUUUGUAUUUUAUAUGAUUCACAACAUGUUGUAUUUUAUAUGAUUCACAACACUUUGUAUUUUAUAUGAUUCACAACACUUUGUAUUUUAUAUGAUUCACAGCACGUUGUAUUUUAUAUGAUUCACAGCACUUUGUAUUUUAUAUGAUUCACAACACUUUGUAUUUUAUAUGAUUCACAACACUUUGUAUUUUAUAUGAUUCACAGCACUUUGUAUUUUAUAUGAUUCACAACACUUUGUAUUUUAUAUGAUUCACAACACUUUGUAUUUUAUAUGAUUCACAACACUUUGUAUUUUAUAUGAUUCACAACACUUUGUAUUUUAUAUGAUUCACAACACUUUGUAUUUUAUAUGAUUCACAACACGUUGUAUUUUAUAUGAUUCACAACACUUUGUAUUUUAUAUGAUUCACAACACUUUGUAUUUUAUAUGAUUCACAACACUUUGUAUUUUAUAUGAUUCACAACACUUUGUAUUUUAUAUGAUUCACAGCACUUUGUAUUUUAUACGAUUCACAGCACGUUGUAUUUUAUACGAUUCACAGCAUUGUAACACUUUGUAUUUCAUAUGAUUCCCAGCAGGUUAAUACGUUGUCUCUCAUAUGAUUCCCAGCAGUGUAAACAGACAGUAAACAGGAUUUUAUUGUUGAUAAUCCGAGGUGAAUGUUAGCCUGGGUACCAGGCCUGUGUGUGCUGUCCUUCCACUCCUUGCCACUGCUUGUCAAAAUACCAAUGAGUGGCAAGGAGUGGAAUAACAGCACAAAACAGGUCUGGUACCCAGGCUAGGUAAAGCUACUGUCACAGUGAAAUCUCAUUCUCGUGUCUAGACGCCCAGAUUCCUGCAGAACUAAUGACGAUUAUUAUGGUCGUUAUUAUACAUGGUGAAAUUACAUGCCUUCAUCUCCGGUAUUUAUUUAAAGUGUAUUUAUUUAUAUUGUUGUCUCUGAAUUGAACGUUUAUGUUGAAAGUGUGAAAGAUAAAGCAGGGAACGCAGUAUAUUAUAUUAUAUUAUAUUAGUAUACAUGCAACAAAACAUUAACUGUCUGUACAUAUCUAUAACUGGAUGGAUGGUUAAAAUUAAAUUUAUUAAAAUUAAAUUUAUUAAAAUUAAAUUUAUUAAAAUUAAAUUUAUUAAAAAUACAUUUAUUAAAAUUAAAUUUAUUAAAAUUAAAUUUAUUAAAAUUAAAUUUAUUAAAAUUACAUUUAUUAAAAUUAAAUGUAUUAAAAUUACAUUUAUUAAAUCUCAUGGGAUUGUUUGGGGGAUGAGUCUGAGAAUACGUAACUCUUCUGUCUAAAACGCAUAGUGUUAUACGUUUGAUUGUUAAUUGAUUACAAUAUCCAAAGUACCUGUUAUAAUUCAGCUGCAUCAAUAAAACACAACUCAAACUUGGAAA